AUGGAGAGCGGAGGCCCCCCAAAGGACUUUAAACCACUUCUGCCAUUUAAUGAUUUCCUAAGUCAGAGCGUCAAGGAUGAACUCGAGGAACAUCGAGAUUUCAAUUCCAUCUUUACCGAUAGUAACGAUACCGAUGGGCAUGGCCUACGAAGCAAAUGGAGUCGAUUAUCCACCGAAGACUUGGAUCUCUUUUCCAACGAAACUGUCACCCUUUUCAAGAAGCUGGAGAACAUGUGUACGUAUUACAAGCUCGAUGAAUGCCUCGACCUCGUGGCGAAAAUUCGAGGGGCCGUCAACAACGAGCUCCAUAAGUACCUCAUGCACAUCGAAGAGAACUACGCGGCGGGUUUCAAGAAAAUGCUGCAUCAACCCUCUCUAGGCGCCACCCCCCCUAACACGGGUGUCAUGGAAACGCAACUCGAUGUCGACGGGCUCCAGACGAUCUUCUCGUCCUAUGGGGUGGGCAUCGAGAACGAUCAAUUGCGGCAGAAAAAAAAAGACCUUCUUGAGCAGUGCCCGAAGGAGUGGCCGACGCUCAUCCGGCUAAAAGUUGCGCAGGAUAUCGCCACCCAUCACGACGAGAUCACCACCCCCCUCCCCCGGCGUCUGACGGUGAAAGAGGCGCUUUCCAGCAUCACCGGGCUCUUCGCGGAAUCGCUCGCGACUCUGCUUUCUUGCGAGGUGGUUCGCGUUUACCUCUACGAUGAGAAUCACAACCUGCACUGCUGUGCGACCUUCCCUUUUCACGCGAAACAAGGCGAUCCGAUGCGAGCGACUUAUGAGGAGAUCAUGCUCGUGAAGGAUUUGCAUCAGACGAUCUGUGGGAAGUGUAUCGCCGUGAACGGCCGGGAGGAAGUGAAUGUCGCGUUGAAGGAUGGCGAUAUGGAGCGAAUUCGGCAGGAAAUGACGUCGAGCGGGCUCGGCUCCAUCCGAAGCUGUUUGAUCUUCCCGAUCGUCUCCAGCGAUUGCCCACAAUGCGCGCUCGGGAUGCUGCAUGCCGUGAAUAAAGUCUGCGCACCGCCGGUGGAUAGCAAAAAAGGCCGCAACUUCUCCGCAGAUGAUGAGCUUCUCUUAUCGAUGGCAUCGCGCGUGCUCGGCUGCGUGUUAACGCGCUACCCGGUGAGUUUCUUCUCCCUGCGUGUCGGUGAGGCGAUUCGAAAGGCAGUUUUCCCCCACGAAGACAAUGAGGCCGUCGAGGCCGCGCACCUCCACGCGGAGUUGCUGCAGGAUCCGUUUGUCGAGGACGCCUCUGGCGUAGGAUCGCGCGCGAUGACGUCGACGGAGCAGAUUAAAAUUCUCCGCGCGUCCGUUACAAGCGUUUAUCAAACCUCCACGCAUCGCCAACGACUUCGCCGGAUGGGAAAUCUCGGCCAGCUCGAUACGACCCUCUCCUCCGUGGAGUUCAACCUCAACGUGAUGAACGAGCUUUGGAAAACGGGAAUCACGGAAAACGUGGCGAUGCAUCAGCAAUACCGCCAGCUCGAGGAGGAGCUCAAGAAGACGAAGCUGUUGUUGGAAAAUGUGCUCGACGGCUUAUCCGCCGUGCGGGCUUUUCACAACGCGGAGAAGAUGGCGCAGUGCAUCCAAACCCUCGAGCUCUACGCGCGGAGCAAGAGUAUUGACAUUUUAACGGAGUUUAUCCACAACAUGAUCGUCGAGGAGGCCACCCGGGAGGGCUUUAAAAGCAAAGAUCCGAUGAGCUCCACCACGCUCUGGAGCAGCACGGUGUACUCGCCCAAAGGCGAUUCCUCCACGGAGGAAUUGAAAUCCUCCCACGACGUUGCGACGUCGAAAGGGCUGGAGUCCUCGCCUUUUCUCACGCAAACGGAUAUGGUGGAGCUUCGCCGACAUCAAGAGCGACUGAACGCGAAGGUGGCGUCUCGAAUCCACUUCGACGGCCCGGAGGGCAUCCGAAGCUACUCAUGUGAUCCGAAACGAAAGCGAGAGCAGAUCCAGUUUAUCGAGCAGGUAAUGUGUGAAAGCACACUCGCAUCGCAGGACAAUCUUAGAGGUGGAUGUCCACCCCUGGGCCAUCCCCACAAAUCCGCCGUCGAAAGCUCGGGAAAAAAUUUAGGAAAGCCUUGGAGACUUCAAGGAAAUAAUUCUAGUCAAUCCUUUUCUCAAACCGACUUUGCCUUAAAGCGGCCUUUUAGGCUGAGGUAA